CUCAUUGAGUGCCCGGAUGUCGUAUUUCUAAGCAACAUGGCGUCGCGGAGAUAUAGCAGACAUUGCAUCGCGAGCAGAUAAAGUGCAUGGCUUGGGAUUACUAGCUUAUUUUGUGCCAUGACGGAGACGACAAGCACAAUUUAUGGACUACAUCUUAUUUUUAUGGAUCUAAUUUGACGUUUCAUUUAGAAAACUUUCAUUUAUAACUGCUAAUUGAGAGCGAAAAUGGCAACAGACAAAGUCAAAGUCGCAGUGCGUGUAAGACCUAUGAAUAGACGAGAGGUUGAUCUGGCUGCAAAAUGUAUUGUAAAUAUGGAUACCACACAAACUGUAUUGUUUCAUCCAAAAGACAGAAACGAAGAUAAAGAACAAACGCCUGAUAAAAGGUAUGACAUUGAUUUCAGCAGCAUUCAAGCAGUUCCCAAAGUACGCUCUCCUUCACAGGAUAUUGGUGAAUCUGGUGGGCGCAAAGCUCCAAAGACUUUUGCAUUUGAUCAUUGUUUUUGGUCAAUGGAUGAGAAGGAUCCUAAAUUUGUUUGCCAAGCAAAAGUGUUUGAAUGUCUAGGACGAGAUAUUUUGAAACUGGCAUAUGAGGGUUAUAAUGGCUGUAUUUUUGCCUAUGGACAAACAGGUUCUGGCAAAUCAUAUACUAUGAUGGGAACAGCAGACGAGAAAGGAAUAAUACCUCGUUUGUGUGAUGCCCUUUUUGAGAAAAUAGCCACAAAUGAUGACCCUGAUUUGACCUACAAAGUGGAAGUAUCAUAUAUGGAAAUAUAUAAUGAGAAAGUUCAUGAUCUUCUGGAUCCAAAAGGUGGCAAACAAAACCUACGGGUUCGAGAACACAACAUCCUUGGCCCCUACGUCGAUGGACUUUCAACACUAGUUGUAUCAUCAUUUGAGGAUAUUGACAACUUGAUGAAUGAAGGUAACAAAUCCAGAACUGUAGCAGCAACUAACAUGAAUAGUGAGAGCAGCCGCUCUCAUGCUGUCUUUAACAUAAUUGUCACUCAGACACUUGUUGACAGUGGGUCAAUGGUGAAGGGUGAAAAGGUCAGUAAGCUAAGUUUAGUCGAUUUAGCUGGAAGUGAACGAGCUCAAAAAACCGGUGCUGUUGGUGAACGCUUAAAAGAAGGUAGCAACAUCAACAAAUCCUUAACAACACUUGGUCUAGUUAUAUCAGCUUUAGCUGACCAAGCUGCUGGGAAGAACAAGAAUAAAUUUGUACCAUACCGAGACUCUGUCCUGACAUGGCUGCUAAAGGACAACCUUGGUGGUAACAGCAAAACUGUGAUGGUAGCUACUGUGAGCCCAGCGGCAGAUAACUAUGAGGAAACACUUUCCACUUUGCGUUAUGCUGACCGUGCAAAGAGAAUUAUAAACCAUGCUGUGGUAAACGAAGACCCCAAUGCUCGUAUCAUUCGAGAGCUCAGAGAAGAAGUUGUUGUAUUACGUAACCAACUCAGCGAAGCUCAGAGCAUGAAAGCACCUGACCUGAAAGAUCGUCUUGAAGAAUCUGAAAAACUUAUCAAAGAAAUGACAAAGACCUGGGAAGAGAAGUUAGCUGAAACUGAAAAAAUACAUCAAGAAAGACACAAGGCUUUGGAAAAUAUGGGAAUAUCUGUCCAGACUUCUGGAAUCAAAGUUGAACAGAGCCGUUUUUAUUUAGUCAACCUAAAUGCUGAUCCUUCUCUCAAUGAACUUUUGGUCUAUUACUUAAAAGAGCAUACACUGGUUGGCCGCACCGAUGCUGCUGUUCAACAAGAUAUUCACCUCAGUGGCCUGGGAAUCAUGCCAGAGCACUGUAUUGUGGACUUUGAAGGCAAUGACGUCUACCUCACACCUCUUGAAGGAGCCAGAACCUGUGUCAAUGGCUCUGUGAUACAUCAGAAAACCAAAGUCAGAAAUGGCGACCGAAUUCUUUGGGGGAAUAACCAUUUUUUCCGGAUAAAUCUACCAAGACCCAACAGUAAGCUUGAAAAUGUUUUCUACAUCGGAUAUUAUGUAUAGUUGUUGUUGAACUGAUCUGAACUUCGCAAUGACGUCAAACAACAAUAAAUCNNNGCCAUUGAAAAACAAUACGAAGAAGACAAACAGGAGGCUCUUGAACGGCAGAAGCAAAUGUAUGAAAGACAAAUGCAAAUGCUGCGUAGCCAGUUAGUAUCACCAAGUACACCUUCAUUUCCAUUCCCAUCAUUUGACCUGAACCGAAUGACACCAGGCAACUCUACACAGAGCAGUAUACAACGCAAGUACCAACAGUGGGCACAAGAAAGAGAGAAACUAUUCAAGCAGAGCUUGGCGAAACUUCGAGAAGAAGUAAUCAAGGCAAACACUUUGGUGAGAGAAGCCAACGACUUGGCACAAGAAAUGGGUAGACAGACUGAAUUCCAUGUCACCCUUCAGAUCCCUGCUGCCAAUCUCAGCCCAAACAGACGUAGAGGAGCAUUUGUAAGCGAGCCAGCAAUUUUAGUGAAGAGAAAAUGUCACAACAGCCAGAUUUGGUCAAUGGAGAAAUUUGAGAACAAAAUUAUUGAUAUGCGGGAGUUGUAUGAUGAAAACAAAACUUUGGCACAUCCAUUGAUGGUACUAGAAGAAUCUGAUGAUUACUCGAGAUGCAACCAAACAAAAAGUUCCACACAUUCAGUUGAGAGUCAGGCAAGCAAAGACGGAAAUGCUCCUAAAGGUGAUCCUUUCUAUGAAUCCCAAGAAAACCACAACUUGAUUGGUGUUGCAAAUGUCUUCCUGGAAUGCCUUUUCUAUGAUGUCAAGUUAGACUAUCAUGUCCCUAUUAUUAGUCAACAAGGAGAGAUUGCUGGAAAACUCCAUGUUGAGAUCUCGAAACUAGGUGGUUCACUUAUUGACAAGUAUUCAGAUGUUAGUUCCGAGGGAAGCGAUUAUGAACCAAAACGGUGUUCUUUACCAUUUGAUUCAUUUGAUGAAGACAGCAAUUUAGCUAUUGGAGCACCACUCUAUGUUCGGAUAUCUAUUCGAGAAGCACGAGGACUUCCAGCAGCUCUUUCGAACUUUGUCUUUUGUCAAUAUUCUUUUUGGGGUCAAUUGGAACCAAUCGUUGUAGCUCCUUUGGUAAACCCAGAAUACUGUGAUCCUGAUCGAGAAGACGGUGCAACAGUAACUUUCUCCCAUACUAAGGACUUUAAAGUUUGUGUGACUGAAGAAUUCAUUGAACAUGCCUCCGAAGGAGCCCUUUCCAUUGAGGUUUGGGGCCAUCGAAGUCCUGGCUUCAGCAACAAUAAUACCUGGGAUCCUGAUAACAGGCAAGCUAGAUCUCGUUCUUUAUUAGACAGGUGGAAUGAGGUAAUGCGAAAAAUUGAAUUCUGGGUUGAAGUUCAUGAACUUAAUGAACAGGGAGAAUAUACUCCAGUUGAAGUUGUGCCGAAGCCAGAAGUGCCUUCUGCUGGAGUCUUUCAACUUCGACAGGGUCACUCCAGACGUGUGAUGGUUCGUGUAAAACCAGUGGCCAAUUCUGGAACCUUACCACUGAUCUGCGAAUCUAUUGUCUCUAUUUCGAUUGGAUGUAUUUGUGUCCGCUCUAAGCUACAAAAAGGCUUAGAUAGCUACCAAGAAGAAGACCUCAAUUUACUUGGAGAGCGUUGGUCUGAUGCUCUAAUGCGACGCAAGGCUUACCUUGCUGAACAGUUUCAGAAGCUUAUUAACAAACAAGAUAAGAAUGAAGCUGAAGUCGACCGAGAGACAUCUCUAGUUGAACAAUGGAUUGGACUUACUGAAGAAAGAAACGCUGUGCUGGUCCCUGCUGCUGGAAGUGGCAUACCAGGGGCACCAGCUGACAGUGAAACUCUUCCGGACAUGGAGCAGCAUGUACCUGUAUUAUUCCUCGAUCUGAAUGCUGAUGAUAUGAGCACACCUAGUGCCAAGGAAGGCUUACAAGCUGCUGGAAUCAACUCCAUUCUCCCCAAAGAACAUGGGGCGAAAUUUUACAGCUUACCAAUCAUUAAGACAUAUGGAGAAAAAGAUAUUUGUGCAAUUGCAUCUUGGGAUUCCUCCAUCCACGAUUCGCAAUAUUUGAACAGAGUGACACCGUCAAAUGAGCGUGUCUACUUAAUUUUGAAAGCAAUUGUCAGACUAAGUCACCCAGCUUCAAUGGAGCUGGUUUUGCGCAAAAGACUUUGCAUUAACAUAUACAAGAAACAAGGACUAACAAGUAUCACAGACAAGCUUAAGAAAAGGAUCACAAGAUCUGAUUUAUUCUUAGACAGUGGUGUAACCUAUGAAGUUGUGUCUAAUAUCCCAAAAGCAUCUGAAGAUCUAGAGAACAUGGAAACUCUUGCUCAGAUGGCAGCAUCUCAAAAUGAAACCAAUGCUGCUGACGGAGAAACAUAUAUCGAAAAAUACAUCAAAGGUGUGUCUGCUGUGGAAAGUAUUCUCACACUGGAUAGAUUGCGACAGGAAGUUGCUGUAAAAGAGCUAUUAUCAGCGUCUGGCCGUUCCCUGCGUAAGACCACGAGUGUGCCAAACAUCCACCAGGCUAUGGUGUCUUCUCCUCCUCGAAUUGAUGACCAGCUACGUGCUGACAGCAUCCAAGAUCUCUCAUUCCAAGAACUGUACACGUCAUCCUCUUCCCACAAAUCUGCCAACAGCUCCUACGCUGGUGAGUCAAUGAUGAGAAAACGAGCCUUUUCUGAGGUUGGGGCAAACAUAGCAAAUGCUGCUAAGGAAGGCGGUCUCUUGACAAGGAGGCGUUCAGUCGGCUUAGCCCGUCCGAACUUUUUGAAUUUACGCAGUAACACCCAGAGUAACACUGCUAAGCGUACGUUUAAACUUCUCUCUCAUUUCUUUCACCAUGACGCUCUGCUAGGACAACUUGGACAGUGGAUAUCUAAACCCCCAGAACCGACACCAAAAUCCACAAUUAGCCCCCAUGCGUCGAAAGCAGUAAAACCGUUGAGAACUCUCCAAGAAGAGCAACAGCAACGAGAACGGAAGCCUCUUCUACAGCAGGACACCGAAGAGGAUUUUGAUGAGGAUUUUGAUAUGGCACACAAGCACAGUAUUUUUAACAAGGAUCCCAAUAGUGUUGAUAGUGAUGAUUUUCAGGAAUUCGAGUCUUAUCAGAGCCAGCAUUCAUCUCCUUUUGCUGAAAAGUUUGUGGCUCAGAGGCCCACAACUAUAUCCCAUUCUGUGACUGCUGAUAGUUUGAUGGAGAUUCAAACAAAAAGUUUUACUCCCAGCAUGACUUCUAGUGGCUAUGGUUCACAAGCAGUUUCUACCCUCACCUUAUCAUCAGAGGAUUCUGUUAGUAUUCGGAGUAUCAACCUUGAUGAAGCCUCGGCUGAAGGGAAGAACAGUCCUCCAAAAACAUUUCCAACUCCACUUAGUGACCGAGGGCUAGAAAGUAUCCCUGAUAAGGCCCCCAUGAAAAGCUUUUCCCUUGAUUCCAUUGCUGAUCAAGCCGUGUCUGCUGCUCGUCUGGCUGAUUUAAUUAAUGGUAAUAUCGUCUCUGACAACAAUGAACAGGAUGAAUCUGACUUUUCCUACAUGCUAAAUCAAAGCAAUGAUUUCAGUGAUACUUUGCAAUCAACAGUGGACAACCACAGAUCUUCAAAGUCCACUUUAAUGGAUCUGGAUAGCUCCUCAGUCAAUGAGAUUACAAUGAAUCCAGCCUCUCAUCCUUAUCAGGAUCAAGAUCAUGAAUACAGUUUCAAGGAGGAAGAUUACAACAGCCAGGUACUUGCAAAUGCAACCAAAAACUUAAAUCUAUCAUCUGAUUUUAACGAUACUUCUGAAAUGCUACAUUCACGUAGAUCACCAUUGGAAGGUAGCAACAGUUUGCAUGAUAUGGACUACGAGAUGUCCUCUCCUCAGGGCCAAAGUACACCUCUUAAAAAGACCCAAUCAGUUGAUGAUAAUGAACUAGAUUCCAGUACCUCCCUCUCACAUAGCUGUGACUGGGGAGAUUCUUACAAUGAGACAACUGAGGAUGAUCUCAAUAAAGUAUGUAAUACUCUCCACGAUAUGGACACAGAUAACAAGCAAUGCAAGCAAGCUGCUGCCAAAGGUAAUUCCAACCAACAUGUCAACAGAAAACUACUUACUGAUUCCUCUACAAAUAUCAAUAGCAACAUGACUGACAAUCCAAAGAAGAGCACAUCAAAAAGUGAUUCUAAAUCCUACUCUGCAAAUAGCCUUGAACGCAAGAAUAACUCUGAUAAACGGACUGUAGAGGGACAUCUAAAGAGGAAUCUUAGUCAUGGUUCUGCACAUAAAAGACGCCCAGUUUCAUGCUCUCUGCCUAGUGGCAGUGAAAUAACAACAUCAUCCUCCAUGAAAGACCUUUCUUAUCAAAACAUGAAUAUGUCUACAUCAAACGAGACUCUGUCAGGUGGAGAAGACAGUAUGAGUUUAUGUUCGUUUGGAAGCCGUGCUGACCUGGACCGUCUCCAUGAAGGCCCACUACCCACUUGGAUCCAACAAGGAGAAGGUGUAAUCGUCACGUCCUCUAAGGGAUACUCUAAACCUGGAGUUGUUCAGUUUAUUGGCACUGUUCACUUUGCUAGUGGAAUCUGGAUUGGAGUUGAACUAGACAAUCCUGAAGGUAAAAACGAUGGCUCAGUCAAUGGUUCUCGUUAUUUCAAGUGUCGUUCAAAACAUGGAAUUUUCGUGCGACAUGAUAAACUAAUCUGGGACAAACGGCGUCGUAGCACAAAAAAAAAUCAGUCAGGUUUGAGCAGCUACCAUGCUAGCAACCGACGAAGUCUCGGCAGCUUAACAGCUGUCACUGGUUCCAUUCCACUGUCACGUUCCAGCUCAAAUCUUUCUGCUGCUGCUGUUGCUGUCUCAGUUGGUACUGGCAAUGGAACCACAUCUUCAUCUUUGUCAUCUACGGCUGGCACAUCGCCAUCUUCGUUCAUGCGGCCAACUUCUGCAAGUUCUGCCAAGCGAAAAUAACCAUCUUCUUCCCUGUUUUAUUCGGCUCCUCCCCAUUUCACCUUUGUCUAACUUACCCAGCUCUUUAUAUUAUACAAAUAUAACAUGUCUGUCACCAUCAAAGUGUGCCAUAAUGCUAUUUAAAAACUACCAAACAACCAACCAACCAACCAACCAACAACCAUGCCAGCAGCAAUGAUGAUGAUGAUGACGACGAUGACAACGACGACAACAACAACAUCUGCAACUACAGUGAUUGUUAUUUCAAUUGUGUUUACUCUCACACCUGAUGAGUGAGGUAAAUGACAGCAAAUAACUUGAUUGUCGGGAUUUUAGAAUGAUUUAUAUUAUUACAUGGGGAGGUUGCAUUGAUCGCAGGAAGGAAGGUAAUAUUGCCUCUCCCUUGCUCACUUCUCUGCUCUUGGCUUUAGAAGAAGUGAAAGAUAUGGACCAAAUAACUUAAAUUAGCAGACACGCUUACCUUCUCUCUCUCUCUCUCUCUCUCUCUCUAUCACUUUCACUCAAAUGAUUAUGCUCUUUCUAAUUUUUUUUCCCCAAUAUUUAUUUUUUAAAUUAGAUUCAUCAGGUGGCUCUGUUAUUGUUGUUGUUAAUAUUGCUGUUUUUCUUCCCACUGGGCUCUUUAUCUCCCUUCACAUAAUCAUCAUAGAAGGCUAAUCAUACAAUGUGAUUCUAUUAAUUCCCUUUCCAAAGAGAGUGUUUUCGUUUGUUUUUUUUUUUCUGUUGUUGUUGCUGUUUUAUUAUCAUUAUUAUUACUAUUAUUAUUAUUAUUAUCAUUAUUAUUAUUAUUAUUAUCAAUAUUUAAAAUAUAUCAUUAUUACUAUUAUUAUUAUUAUUGAGUUCUUGCUUUCAUGUGCAGGAGCAAAGGGCCUUCCCUGAACCUUACCCUUAUCACACAAUUCUAACUUAUCUUUUGAAUUAUUUACAUGGGGGUAUGGAAAUUAUGAAGGAAAGGAGGGGGGACAUAUUAUUUUGAGUACAUUGGCAUGAAUGUAUGUGUGUUUCAUUUUAAUAUACUAACACUAUAAAACAGUAAAAGAACUGUCAUUGUUGAUGAAAAAACAAUUUCUUUUGUUUUAGUUAACUGAAGUGGAAAAGCAAAACACGUUAGAAAUUUAGCUUUUUUUGUUUCGUCUUGUUUUGUUUUUUUCCGCCCUUUGUUUCAUUUUCGUUACAGAUAUUUCAUAAUGUUAUUGAGCUUAUUCUAUACGUAGGCUUGCUCCCAUCCCGAUUCUUAUGUUUUCAUAACUGUUUUUUUUUUUCACCCUUUCAUAUUCUCGUUACUUUUUAAGCUUACCCCACAAAAAACAAAUCUUGGACUCAGUUGUACAGCUGGCCAAGUCCGGAUGGUUGUACAACUGCAGAAGACAUAUCAUUUUGCUCAUAUAUAUAUAUAUCUAUGUAUAUGCUGAUUUGUAAUAUUUAGCAGCUAGUCACGUUUUUGUUUGUUUUGUUUUUUUUAAUAAAUCAUCUCACUUCAUUAGCCAUGAAAAAUGCUAAAUUUUUUCCUUUUUUUUUUCUUCCGAAAUUUGUUACUGAUAGCAACUAUUAUAGAUGAACAUUUUUUUUGUGUUGCUUAUCAUCAUCAUCAUUACCAACCAAGCUGGUAUUUAGUUCAUUUUUUGUUUGUUUGUUUGUUUGUUUGUUUAUUUAUUUAUUUUUUUUUUAUUGUUUUCGUUUACUGUUCUUUCAACUUCUAAGCUAUGUAUUAUAAAUUGACCAAUCUCUUUCUUAAUCUAUUUCCAUAAAAUGGUCCCCUCAGCUGUUUCCUUCGAUUUGUUGUUUGAUACCUUCUACAACAGAAGGGAUCAAAUUUGUAUAAAAAACCAGCUGUGCUGCUGCUGCUGAUGUUGAUGACCACCAAGGUGACAUAUUUUUCCCUAACUAAGAACUCUCAGAACAUCCAUCUCCUUUCAUUAAUUCCUAUUUAUCAUUUGUAGAGCAUUACUACUGAGAGCUCAGUUUUGGCUUGUCUUUCAAAUGGAAAACAAUAUUCCCUCAUUGGCUUAGGGCUCAUGUGUUGUACACUGAGACUAGCUUUUAUAGCUAUUUGAUAGACUCAUAAAUUUAUAUAUGUCUAUGUAUGUUUGCAUAUGUAUGUAUGUAUGUAUUAUACACAUACACACACACAUGUAUGGAUACAUACAGAAUCCCCCCCCCCAACUACUACUACUACCACCACCACCACCAAAUUUGUUUUUAGUAAAUACAUAUGUAAAUACAUAUCUACAUUCCAAUUGCACCUUUCUUUUCAUGUGUGCUAGUAUAUAUGAAUAUGACAUACCGGCACACCAACCUUCAAUGGCAAUCUCCCUUUGCACUCACUCACUCACUCAAUAUAGCUUUUAACCCCUUAACUAUCUGAGGAUCUCUCAACUUUAUUUCUUCAACUAGAUUAGACACUAACCAAUAUAAGAUCUAUCUUCUGAAAAAUCCCUCAUCAAUUUAAAAUUGUUUCAACUGCCCUGAGGGUAGUAGUAAACUUUAUAUGAUUAUAA